GUUUUACUAAUGAUGACAUCAGCGAUGAUAUUGAGUGUGCUAAGAGAAUUGUCCGUGAUCCCAACAAGAUGAAUGCCUGGUCAAGGACAUGGUCUAUGAUCCUUCUACCAACUGGACUCUGGUUACUGAGUUUGUCCUGUUGGGGUUCACCAGUCACCCAGACAUGGCUGGUCUGUUGUUUGGACUCUUCCUAGUGAUGUAUGCAGUGACACUGGUAGGCAAUGGACUCAUUAUGGCCGUUGUGUGGAGUGAUCCAGUACUGCAUAGUCCCAUGUAUAUCUUCCUGGGUAGCCUCUCCUGCUCUGAGACCGCCUACACUCUGGUGGUGAUACCACGAAUGCUUUGUGACUUGCUGGCCCCCCACAGGUCACUUCCCCUGGCUUCGUGUGCCACACAAAUGUUCUUCUUCGUGGCCCUAGGUGUGGCUGACUGCCUGCUGUUGACUGCCAUGGCGUGGGAUCGCUAUGUGGCUAUCUGUCGCCCGCUGCACUAUGGCUCCCUAAUGAGUCAGCAGAUUUGUUGGGGCUUAGUCCUGGGCUCCAUCUGUGGAGGUUUUGUUCUCUCAUCGUGCCUCACGGGCAUGAUUUUCUCCUUGCCUUUUUGCGCGCCCAACCAUAUCCCUCAUUUUUUCUGUGACAUUCCCCCUGUCCUGAGCAGGGCCUGUCCUGGUUAUGGAACCAUUGAAGUCACCGUCCCCACCUUAGUUGCCAUGACACUCAUCAUCCCUUUCUCCUUCAUCAUGCUCUCUUAUGCCUGCAUUUUGGUGGCUUCCCUACGCAUGGAUUCAACUCGACGGUGUCACAAGGCCUUCUCCACCUGCGGAGCCCAUUUGACGGUGGUCAUCCUACAUUAUGGCUGUGCCAUUGUCACCUAUGCCAAGCCUAAAAGCAGCUAUAUGGAAGGGAAGGACCAUAUCCUUUCAGUGUCUUACACUAUUGUUAUUCCCAUGCUCAACCCUCUCAUCUACACUCUAAGAAACAAUGAAGUCAAAGGAGCGCUUCGGAAGGUGGUAAACCGGGGCCUCUUUCUUCAUGAUGGAUAGUUUAAGUGCUCUGGCAAAGGUGGGUUCUAGUAGCUACAGUGAAGCAAAUAUAAUC